AUGCCUGUCAACAUCAUCGCUGCCGCCUUCUCUGAGGGCCUUUCCUCUAUACCCGGCGGAUGGACUGCGGUGAAGAUAAUUCCGGCGCUCGCGCUGCUUUACCUGCUAAAAUGGUACUUCAACGGCGCGGUCAACCUGUCGGAGCGGAAUAUGCAUUCCAAGGUGGUCAUGGUUACCGGAGGUACAGCUGGUAUAGGAGCUGAAGUAGUCAAAGGCCUUGCAACCCGCGGUGCACAAAUCGUCCUCCUGGUUCAACAGCCGCUCACCGACCCCUUCUUCGUCGACUACAUCGAGGACCUACGCACCGAAACAGGCAACGAGCUGAUCACUGCCGAGCACGUUGACCUCACGUCCUUACACAGCAUACGACUGUUCGCAACGAAAUGGGUCGACAACGCGCCACCACGUAGACUAGACAUGAUCAUCCUGUGCGCGAACACAAUGACACCACCCGGAGGAAAGGCAACGAUGACAGAGGACGGUCUUGAAUCGACCUGGGGCCUGAACUACAUUGCCAACUUCCACCUUCUGAGCAUCCUCAGUCCGGCACUACGAGCCCAGCCACCCGACCGAGAUGUCCGUAUUAUAUUCGGAACAUGCAGUGCGUACAUGGGUGGAAAACUGCCGGAAUUCGACGCCAAGCCAAAAAAAGGUGCCAAAGCAGAGGCAACCGACCCCGUGGCGACCAGCGUAUACGCAACAUCGAAGCUCGCCCUGAUGACAUUCGCCGAUGCAUUUCAGAAGCAUCUGUCAAACUACGCCCGUCCUGAUAAGAAACCCAUGAACGCACGUGUCAUCAUGGUCGAUCCUGGCUGGACUCGGACACCCGGCAUGCGACGCUUCCUCACCUUCGGUUCGCUUUGGGGGCUUGCGUUGUACAUCUUCAUGUGGCCACUGUGGUGGCUGGUGCUGAAGAGCGGUGACCAGGGUGCGCAGACGUUUCUUUACGCGGCGAUGGAGGCGCAGUGGGGUAGAGGAGAGGGCAGCUACUUCCUGAAGGAAUGCAGGCGCGUCACCUGGACAAGGAAGGAGAUCGAGGACGAGGUACUGCAAAAGCAAUUGUGGGAGAGCAGUUCGAAGACCAUUGAAGUUUUAGAGAAAGAAAGCGCAAAGAGGAGGGCCGUGGAGAAGAAGGAAAAGGAAAAGGUGGAGAAGGCGGAAGCAAAGAGCACGGCAAAGGGGGCCAACGGGGAUGCAACGCAACGAAAAGCAAAAUGA